GCUGCUCGUGGCGGCAGGGGAGGCGAGGGAGGAGGAGGCCGCGGUGGGGGCGUCGGCAUUCCGCAGCCGGGCUACGGACCCCAACAUGGAGGUCAAGUUCGACUUCUCGCCGUUCCUGAUCCAGUACAAGAGCGGCCGCGUGCAGCGGUUCAUGGGCACGGCGUUCGUGCCGCCGUCCCUGGACUCGUGCACGGGCGUCGCAUCCAAGGACGUGGUCGUGGACGAGGGCAUCGGGCUCCGGGCGCGGAUCUACCGGCCGAGCCGCCGCGCCGUCGUCGGCGGGGGCGGCGGCAGGCUCCCCGUGCUCGUCUACUUCCAUGGCGGCGCGUUCGUGGUCGAGUCGGCGUUCGACCCUGUGUACCACGGCUACCUCAACGCGCUGACGGCGAGGGAGGGCGUCGUCGCGGUGUCGGUGAACUACCGCCUCGCGCCGAAGCACCCGCUCCCCGCGGCGUACGAUGACGCCUGGGCGGCGCUGUCGUGGGUGCUCGAGAACGCGCGUCCCGGCGCCGGCGGCGGGGAGCCCCGUGGCGCUCGAGGUAGGGCCGCGGCCGCGGCUGGAAGGGCGCGCUGCCGCCGACGCGGCCGAGGGUGCGGCGGCUUGGGCAUGGGUGCGGCGGAGGACGCGGCGGGGCCCGCGGCGGAGGACGCAGCGCGCGACGGCGCCGGAGCAGGGGUGCGGCGGAGGGUGCGGCCGGUGGCAGAGGACGCGGCGCGCGUGGUGGCCCGCUUGACGGCGGCCGCGGCAGGGGCCUGA